AUGCUCUGUGAUAUCACAAGUAGAACAAAAGUAUGUCAUGCUCUUUCGCUUCAACUCAUUCGUCUAAGCUAUUUCGCUUCAGCUCUUUCGCCUCAACUCUUUCGAUCCAGCUCAUUCACCAGCGCUUUCGUACCAACGCUUUCGCUUCAGCUCUUUCGCCUCAACGCUUUCACUUCAGCUUAUUCGCCUCAGCUCUUUCGCCUCAACUCUUUCGCUUCAGGUCUUUCGCUUCAAGUAUUUCGCCUCAGCUCUUUCGCCUCAACUCUUUCGCUUCGUCUCUUUCGCUUUAAGUAUUUUGCCUCAACGCUUUCGUUACAGCUCUUUCGCCUCAACGCUUUCACUUCAGCUCAUUCGCCUCAACUCUUUCGCUUCGUCUCUUUCGCUUCAAGUAUUUCGCCUCAACGCCUUCGCUACAGCUCUUUCGCCUCAACUCUUUCACUUCAAGUAUUUUGCCUCAACGCUUUCGCUACAGCUCUUUCACCUCAACGCUUUCACUUCAGCUCAUUCGCCUCAGCUCUUUCGCCUCAACUCUUUCGCCUCAACUCUUUCACUUCAAGUAUUUUGCCUCAACGCUUUCGCUACAGCUCUUUCACCUCAACGCUUUCACUUCAGCUCAUUCACCUCAACGCUUUCACUUCAGCUCAUUCGCCUCAACUCUUUCGCUUCAGCUCUUUCGCUUCAACUCUUUCGCUUCAAGUAUUUCGCCUUAACGCUUUCGCUACAACUCUUUCGCCUCAACGCUUUCGCUUCACCUCUUUCGCAUCAGCUCAUUCACCUAAGAUAUUUCAACUUGGCUUUCAGGCUUCAGCUCUUUCGCCUCAGCUCUUUCGCCCUAACUCUUUCGCUUCAAGGCUUUCGUUUCAUCUCACAUCACCUCAGCACUUUCGCCUUAACUCUUUCGCUUCACCUCUUUUGCCUCAGCCCAUUCACCUAAGCUCUUUGGCUUCACUUCUUUCGCAUCAGCCCUUUCUCUUUUGA